ACUCAUUGUGUCUGUGUCGAGGCGUCGGGAGGGCCUAGGUCCGUGUGCGGUGCCCUUUGGCCGGCCUGAGCCCCAGAGUCAGCUCCCCUGUCUCGCCCAGCGCCCCCAGGCCGCCCCCAGGGCUCACGGAAUAGUCCAGAAACGGAUACCUUAAAACAUCUCCUAGGACAGAAAGGUGAGCACAGACCCUGAGCCUGAAUGAUGACUGCUGAAUCCAGGGAAGCCACAGGUCUGUCCCCCCAGGCUGUACAGGAGAAGGAUGGGAUCGUGAUAGUGAAGGUAGAAGAGGAAGAUGAGGAAGACCAGAUGUGGGGGCAGGAUUCCAGCCUGCAGGAGACGCCUCCUCCUGACCCGGAGAUAUUCCGCCAACGUUUUAGGCGCUUCUGUUACCAGAACACUUUUGGGCCUCGAGAGGCUCUGAGUCGACUGAAGGAACUUUGUCAUCAGUGGCUGCGACCAGAGAUAAACACCAAGGAGCAGAUCCUGGAACUGCUGGUGCUGGAACAGUUCCUUUCCAUUCUGCCUAAGGAGCUCCAGGCCUGGCUGCAGGAAUACCGCCCCGAUAGUGGAGAGGAGGCUGUGACUCUGCUGGAAGACUUGGAGCUUGAUUUAUCAGGGCAGCAGGUCCCAGGUCAAGUUCAUGGACCUGAGAUGCUCUCAAGGGGUGUGGUGCCUCUGGAUCCAGUUCAGGAGUCGACGAGUUUCGACCUUCAUCAUGAGGCCACCCAGUCCCAUUUCAAGCAUUCUUCUCGGAAACCCCGCCUCUUACAGUCACGGGCUCUCCCUGCCACCCAUGUUCCUGCCCCUCAUCACGAAGGGAGUCCCAGAGACCAGGCGAUGGCAUCUGCGCUAUUGACAGCAGAUUCCCAGGCAAUGGUGAAGAUUGAGGACAUGGCCGUGUCGCUCAUCCUGGAGGAAUGGGGAUGUCAGAACCUGGCUCGGAGGAAUCUCAGUAGGGACAACAGGCAGGAGAAUUAUGGGAAUGUGUUUUCACAGGGUUGUGAAAACAGGACUGAGAAUGAGGAGUCAACCUCAAAGGCUGAAAUCACAGAAGAUUCAGCAUCACGUGGGGAGACAGCAGGAAGAUUCCAAAAAGAGCUUGGAGAGAAACGUGAACAGCAGGGCAGAAUAAUAGAAAGGCAGCAGAGAAACCCUGAGGAAAAAACUGGCAAAGAGAAGAGAGAUUCAGGGCUAGCUACAGUCAAGGAAAAAAAACCCACCACUGGAGAGAGAGGCCCAAGGGAGAAGGGUAAAGGAUUGGGAAGAAGCUUCAGUCUGAGUUCAAAUUUUAAUACCCCUGAAGAAGUUCCAACAGGAGCAAAGUCUCACAGAUGUGAUGAAUGUGGUAAAUGCUUCACAAGAAGUUCAAGCCUUAUUCGCCAUAAAAUAAUCCACACUGGAGAAAAGCCCUAUGAAUGUAGUGAGUGUGGGAAAGCCUUCAGUCUUAACUCGAACCUCGUCCUACAUCAGAGAAUCCAUACAGGAGAGAAACCUCAUGAAUGUAAUGAGUGUGGCAAAGCCUUCAGUCACAGUUCAAAUCUCAUCCUGCAUCAGCGCAUCCAUUCUGGAGAGAAACCUUAUGAAUGUAAUGAGUGUGGGAAGGCCUUCAGCCAGAGCUCAGACCUCACUAAACAUCAGAGAAUCCACACGGGGGAGAAACCCUAUGAAUGUAGUGAAUGUGGAAAAGCUUUCAACCGAAACUCGUACCUUAUUUUGCAUCGGAGAAUUCACACUCGAGAAAAGCCCUAUAAGUGUACUAAGUGUGGCAAGGCCUUUACCCGGAGCUCGACACUCACUCUGCAUCACAGAAUCCAUGCCAGAGAGCGGGCCUCUGAGUACAGCCCAGCUUCCCUUGAUGCGUUUGGAGCAUUCCUGAAAAGUUGUGUCUAAAGCAAGUGUUUGUCAUCCAGCCACUUCCCCCUUUUGUUUCUAAAAUUUCAGAGAUGUGUGCCCAUGGAG